AUCAUCUGUGGGAGUCAGUUAAAAAUCAAAAUUUGGUUCGGUAGCUCUAAAUUCAAAAACCAAAAAAAAAUCCAAUAAUACUCCUAUGUCUGGUCAACCGGUCAAAGGAGGAGCCGUGCCGGCCGCUGAGCAGUAUGUCAAUGGCUUGACUAGCUGGAACAGUCCUAUUGAACCAAACCGGCCCCUUGGAUAUGGACAGAAGGGAAAGCUGCCCUUUACCAUGCACUAACCGGACCAGUGCUACCAAAAAACAGAAAGCGGAAAACUCACUUUUGUCUUUUUUCAGUUUCAGCUCUGAACAGGACGAUCUUUUUCGAACUCAAAACCUUCGCUCGGAGGAUAGUUUGGGUCAGGCCGUGACCAGUUGGCUCCGUUACGCCCUGAAAGACAUGUCCCUGCGGCAGACGUACGCCCCAAACGCGAUGGCUCAAUACCCACCACAACAGCAGUUGCCGCAGAAACACCAGCCGCCACAGAGACACCAUCCGAUGUCCUUGCCACAGGCGUAUCCUGCAAUGACCCAGCAACAGCAACGGCAGCAGCACCUGCAGCAGCAAUACUACUUCGCGCCGUUACAGACGCAGAUGGGACCAGUGUUUAACACUCGCCCUUGGCUUCUCUAUCAAAACCAGCAACAACCGAACCCUCAAUUCAACUAUCAAUGUUGGUAUGACAGGCCCCAACCUGUGACUAUCCCGCCAGUUGUGGCCCUCAAUCCGAACCUCCAUCGGAUCGUACCUCCAGUGUUUUACCAACAGCCGAAUGGAUCCCAUGUCCAGCCCACAGCUGCACCUAAACCUGAAGGCAAGGCGGCAACAAAGACUCGAAGUCCCUUCCCAAAGGAACAGACUCAACCUACCGCUUGGCAAGGUCGGCCCAUGGCCGGAGGACGUCCAAACUUUCGGCACGAAUAUUCAGCCGGCUCUGAAAGCCUGAAUCGCAAUGGCAGCCUCGCCAGCUUCGACGGGGAAGGUGGAGCUAGAAGUCGUGACUCAGAAGAAGAGGAAAUGAUGAAGUACAGGCGCAUUGCUGCGAGAAUUCUAUCACCAGAAUCUGAAGAAUUGGACAGAAGACAGAUGCACCUGAAGGUGCACAAAGGAAAACCAACACAGGAAAGGAAAAACACGGAGGCUGAGCUGGACUCCAGCCUGGGAAGUGGUGCUAGCAGUUUAUUUCGAAGGCUGGCUCAAUUCAUGCGCUCCCGCUCUCAUAGAAAAACCAAGGCUAAGCCACCAAAGUCUAUUAACAACGAUGAGGUCAGUCAGAUAUCCUCCGUAUUUUCGACCCCGAAAAAGAGAGGGUUCCUAAGAAGAUUUUUCGGGGAAGUUCGCGACCCUGGUACCUACGAUCAGCGGCCGACCAAAUCCUCAUGUAGUGUUCACUAUCCCACGGAUCUGCCAUUAAGCAACAGGGAUCAGGAGGAUCUCCGCGAAGCGGAAUACUUCAAAAAACUACGGAAGAGGCAGCAAAGGAAGCAGCUUGGGAACAUCAAUUGCACUACAACCGAGAAGUGAGAUAGAUACAUGAGAUAGGUAUUUCAAAUAACAAAAUUUUACAUUUUUGUCUAACAAACAAAAUAAAUCUUUGGGUCAAACCACA